AGAUUUGGUCAUUGGUUGCUGAUAAGAAUGAAUGUGGUGGGCAAAGUUGGAAGCUUGAUAACCCAAGGUGUUUAUUCAGUUGCUACUCCUUUUCAUUCCUUUGGUAGGGCGGUUGAUGUCAUUGUUGUUCAGCAGCCAUAUGGCACGUUUCGGUGCAUGCCGUGGUAUGUUCGCUUUGGAAAGUUUCAAGGUGUGCUCAAAGGUGCUGAAAAGGUUGUUCGGAUAAACGUCAAUGGGGUUGAAGCACACUUCCACAUGUAUCUUGAUAAUUCGGGGGAGGCUUAUUUUGUAAAAGAGAAACUUGUGCCUCUGUCUUUGGUCAAGGGGACAAUUGCAUUUAAAGCUGAAACAUUGCAGUUCUGUCUCUUUGGAUUUGAAAUCCGAUCUUCAUCAAACCAG